AAUAACCCUAUCCAUUAAAUUUCCUUGCUACUAAUUAUUCCACAGUCAACUGUUAGUGGUAUUAUAACAAAGUGGAAGCAACUGGGAAUUACAGCAACUCAGCCAUGAAGUGGUAGGCCAUGUAAAAUGACAGCGGUUUCAGCGCAUGCUGAAGCGCACAGUGCGCAGAAGUCUACAACUGUCUGCAGAGUCAAUGGCUAAAGACCUCCAGACUUCUUGUGGCCUUCAGAAGAGCUUCAUGCAAUGGAAAUCCAUGGCCGAGCAGAGGCAUCCAAGCCUUACAUCACCAAGUGCAAUGCAAAGCACAGGAUGCAGUGGUGUAAAGCAUGCUACCACUGGACUCUAG